AUGGCAGAUACUUCAAUCACUACUGCUGAUAAUGCAGUAUCCUACAAUCCUACUGUUUUGAUUACAAUUGGAAUGGCUGGAACUGGAAAAACAACUUUACUUCAAAGAAUCAAUGCUUAUUUGGCUGAAAAGAAAACUCCUCGAUAUGCAAUCAAUCUGGAUCCUGCAGUUGCUCAUGUUCCUUUUGGUGCUCAUAUCGAUAUUAGAGAUACUGUCAAUUACAAACAAGUCAUGAAACAGUAUAAUUUGGGUCCUAAUGGUGGGAUUCUUACUGCACUGAAUCUAUUUACUACAAAGUUUGAUCAGGUAUUGGACUUGGUUGCAAAACGAGCUUCAUCAGUAAAGUAUAUUCUGAUUGACACACCAGGACAAAUUGAAAUCUUUACUUGGUCAGCUUCAGGUGCAAUCAUUACUGAUACGCUCUCUUCAACCUACCCAACAGUCAUUCUUUACAUCAUUGACACUCCUCGCUCAACAGCACCAGCAACAUUCAUGUCCAAUAUGCUUUACGCUUGUUCUAUCCUAUACAAGACUCGGUUGCCUUUUGUACUCGUGUUCAACAAGAUAGAUGUGGUGUCGUAUGAAUUUGCCAAAGAAUGGAUGACUGAUUUUGAGAGUUUUCAAGCAGCUUUAGAGGAUGAUGCUUCGUACAUGGGAUCAUUGAUUGGUUCCAUGUGUAUGGUGCUCGAAGAAUUCUACUCCAACUUGCGGGUUGUUGGAGUCUCUUCAGUUACGGGUGAAGGCAUGGAAGAGCUUUUUGAAGCAGUAAGCGAAUCAGCCAAAGAAUAUGAAACUGAAUUCAAACCAGAGCUUGAGCGUAUGUUGAAACAAAAAAAGGAUCAGGAAGCAGCACGCAAACAAGAGAGUUUACAGCAUUUGAUGAAGGAUAUGUCACUUGAAAAGGGAAAAGAGGUAAAAUUUGAUACAGAAAUGGAAGACGAGUGUGAAGAUGAGCCUAUAGAUACGAUGAGAACAGAAGAUGUCGAACGAAGUGAAGAUCGAUCUUUUCAACGAUUCCUUGCCAAAUCCGAAUGAAUUCAUUUUAAUAAAACC